AUGGCCGACAGAGGGGUUGACCAGGGGCUGAAUAAGAAAUUCAAAGUCUCCUUUUGUGAGGAAGAUACUGAGAAUGAAAGGCAGAUAAUAGCACAAAACAUUGGAGAGACCCAGAACCAAAGGCCUGAGAGGGCCAAGGAUGAGGAGUUGGAGGGUCCCAAGUCUCCCCCCAAAGAUGAACUUUAUACUUCUCAGAACAGAGACAAGACCAGUCCAGUGCCUGCUCUUGGGAUGUCAGUUUCAGACCUGCUCAAAUGUCCAGAGACACCAUACAGCAAGAGCAAGCUGCCAGCCGCCGAAAACCCCUCUACUCCCAAAAAUUCAGUGGACCAACCAGAUAUUUCUUCAGUAGGGAAGCUCUCUGCCCGAAGCUGUAAACAUUUGAGACUCACGCCUGCUCCCCUCAUGGAUGAGAUGACUUCUUUGUCUCUGGUCAAUAUCAACCCAUUCACUCCAGAGUCCUAUAGAAAAUUAUUCCUUCGAUCAAGUGGCAAGAGGAAAACCAGAGACUAUCUCGAGGAAACUGGAGAAGGAAAAAGCCAGUCAGAGCAGUGUCUGCCUGCUAAGAAAAAUGUUCUACAAGAAACUAAUAUGGCUUCUCGCUAUGAAAAAGAAUUCUUGGAGAUAGAAAAAAUUGGGGUUGGGGUAUUUGGUACAGUCUACAAGUGCAUUAAGAGGUUGGAUGGAUGCAUUUAUGCAGUAAAGCACUCUGAAAGACCCCUUUCAGGAUUAUCAAAUGAUUUCGAUUUGAAUGAAGUUUAUGCUCAUGCGGUACUUGGCCAUCACCCCCAUGUGGUACGCUACUAUUCUUCAUGGGCAGAAGAUGAUCACGUGGUCAUUCAGAAUGAAUACUGUAAUGGUGGGAGCUUGCAAGCUGCUAUCUCUGAAAAUGCUGUGUCUGGUAAUCACUUCCAGGAGCCCAAACUCAAGGACAUCCUUCUACAGAUUUCCUUGGGACUCAAGUACAUCCACAACUCUGGCAUGGUACACAUGGACAUCAAACCCAGUAACAUCUUUAUUUGUUAUAAGAUGCAUACUGAUUUUCCUGUUGGCCCAGAAGAGACUGAAAGUGAAUUUGACUGGUUUCUCUCUGCCAGUGUGAUAUAUAAAAUUGGUGACCUGGGCCAUGUGACCUCAAUCAGUAACCCUAAAGUGGAAGAAGGAGAUAUUCGCUUCCUGGCUAAAGAGAUCUUGCAAGAGAACUAUCAACACCUUACCAAAGCAGACAUAUUUGCCUUAGGAUUAACAAUUGCAAUGGCUGCAGGAGCAGAGUCAUUACCUACCAAUGGUGCUAUGUGGCAUCAUAUCCGCAAGGGGAACUUUCCAAAGAUUCUCCAGGAGCUCUCAGAUGACUUUUAUGGUCUUCUCAAGAACAUGAUCCACCCUGACCCAGAGAAGAGGCCUUCCGCAGCAGCGCUGGCCAGAAGUCAAAUUCUCUGGCCCUCCCAGAAGAAGACAGAUGAACUCCAGAAACAACUGAACUUGGAGAAAUCCAAGACAGCCACACUGGAAAGGGAACUGAUCAAAGCUCAACAACUCCAGACCCCUCAGAGAGUCACCCACAGUGGUCAUCCUGGGACCUGUGGGGCCCACAAAAGCCCAAGAAGCACAAAACACCAGAUGAGAGAAAGGAGUAGGAGCCCUCAUGCUUCACCUACUGGGCAUCCUCCUUUUAGGAACUCACCCCUCAACAGCCAGCCUUUGGCCACACAGCCUUCAGAAAACUCUUAGAGUGAGCAACACUGAACCAGCUUGAAUGCACGAUU